CAGUAAAAGGUAGUCUGUUCAUUCAAAAAAAAGGAAAAAAAAAAAAAAAAAAUAUUCACACGCCUCCUUCUUCUUCCUUGGGCUAGGGUAUCCAUCUGGCUUCUCAUCUCCAUUAUCAGCAACGUGUUUCCGUUAUAUUUUCAUUUCCAAGAAAACGCAGUUUAUAACCGUAAAAACCCAACCUCGGCUUGUGAUACUCGUGCCACGAAUUUUGAAGCGCGGCUCGCAGACGAAGGCGACUCCCAAAACCAAAGAAAACCGAAGAACUCCCUUAGAGUUUCAAUUUUUUUCAGCUUGAAAGCAUUACGAGAAUGGCUUCAGUAAUGAUAGCAGGAUUUGCUGUAGCUGCUGCUGCUUAUGCUGGCAGAUAUAGCAUUCAGGCUUGGCAGGCAGUCAAAGCAAGACCAGCUACAUUACGUAGAUUCUAUGAAGGUGGUUUUCAACCUAUCAUGAAUCGAAGGGAAGCAGCUCUGAUUCUUGGAGUCAGGGAAAGAACUCCGACAGAGAAGAUCAAGGAAGCUCAUAGGAGGGUUAUGGUUGCAAACCAUCCAGAUGCAGGUGGUAGCCAUUACCUUGCAUCAAAAAUCAAUGAAGCUAAAGAUGUGUUGCUUGGGAGAACCAAAGGUAGCGGGUCUGCUUUUUGAUGGUAUUUUUGUUGAUAUAUCGAUGAUCUCUUAUCCUAUUCAGAUGAUUGUGUUCACAAGAUCCCUGAACUAUUGAAAGAAGAAUUUUGCGAGUCCUUCAAGUAAUUCUUUAGUUUCCUAACUAUCUGGAUAGAAUAUAUUUUCUUUUAGGAAUUAACUAAGCAUUAGGAAUACACGAUUAGACUUUGUUAUCUUGGAUUUUCAUUGUCUGUAUUAACAGUACAAAAUCAUAUUGAUGGCAAUAAUUGUUCCC